UUAAUUCAAACACACUCAGGGAUCCCCCUAUCAGUGUACAAUUUGGAGCAGAGCUGGGUGAGUGCAGGACCUGCCAGGCUGAGCCAAAGGGACCCAGACACUGGGAUUUAAUUCUACCCAACACAGCAAGACCAUGAGGCUAACAGCAUCAGUAGUGCUGCUUAUUAUAUUGAAGAAUGUGCUUGCAGAUACAGUGAGUAAAUGUGAUCGAAACGAGUUUAAGUGCUCAGAUGGGAAAUGCAUACCAUACAAAUGGGUUUGUGAUGGAAGCCCAGAAUGUGACGAUGAGUCGGAUGAGUCUGGAGAGGCUUGCAUGUCUAUAGUGUGCACCGAAGACCAGUUCAGCUGUGGUGGACGGUUAAAUCGUUGUAUUUCUAUGUCCUGGAAAUGUGAUGGAGAGACUGACUGUGAAAAUGGCUCAGAUGAACAGAAUUGUCCCGCCAAGACUUGCCCUGAUGACUUUUUCCGGUGUAGCAAUGGAAAGUGCAUCUCUCUUGAGUAUGUGUGUGACCAUGACCAUGACUGUGAGGAUGGCAGUGAUGAAGUGUCCUGUGCAGAACCCACAUGUGGUCCAGCCUAUAUAAGUUGCCACAACAAUGGCAUGUGUAUUCCAAAGUUUUGGGGUUGUGAUGGAGACCCUGACUGUGAUGAUGGCUCAGAUGAGCUUAACUGUGAUGGGAAGGCACCCACAAGGACUGAAAAACCAUGUGGCGAGCUGGAAUUUCACUGUGGGAGUGGAGAAUGCGUACACCUGAGUUGGAAGUGUGACGGAGCAUUUGACUGCAAGGAUAAAUCAGACGAGAUGGAUUGUAUCAAACCCACCUGCCGUCCAGAUGAAUUUCAGUGUGACAAUGGGCAGUGUAUUCAUGGGAACCGCCAGUGUGACAAGGAAUAUGACUGCAAAGAUCUGAGCGAUGAGCGGGGCUGUGUGAAUGUGACAAAAUGUGAAGGCCCCAACAAAUUCCAGUGCCGCAGUGGGGAGUGCAUCUCUAUAGAGAGAACCUGUGAUGGGAAGAGAGACUGCCGAGACUAUUCAGAUGAACCUGUUAAAGAGUGCAAUGAAAAUGAGUGCUUAAAGAACAAGGGAGGCUGUUCUCAUAUCUGCAAGGACCUAAAUAUUGGCUAUGAGUGUAUGUGUCCUGAUGGUUACAGACUGGUGAAUGGAAGGCGCUGUGAAGAUAUCAAUGAAUGUGAAAUCCCUGACACGUGCAGCCAAAUCUGCAUCAAUUUGGAGGGCAGCUUCAAGUGUGAAUGUAAAGAGGGGUAUCAGAUGGAUCUUAUGACUAGAUCCUGCAAAGCCAUUGGAAACAUAGCCUAUCUUUUCUUUACUAACCGCCAUGAGGUUAGGAAGAUGACCUUGGACAAGAGCGAGUACUCAAGCUUCAUUCCACAUCUGAAGAACGUGGUGGCUUUAGACAUGGAAAUAGACAGCAAAAAAAUCUACUGGUCUGACCUGAGUCAGAAGAAGAUUUACAGUGCUUUAAUGGACAAAGCCCACAACAUUUCCCACCAUGCAACAGUAAUUGGCAAUGAAAUAAAAACUCCUGAAGGGAUUGCAGUUGAUUGGAUCCAUGGCAAUAUCUACUGGACGGACUCUGCCUUUAGCACUAUUUCGGUGGCCAACACAGAAGGAUCUAAGCGGAAAACUCUCUUCAAGGAGGAUCUGGGCAAACCUCGGGACAUUGUGGUGGAUCCUUCACAAGGUUUCAUGUACUGGACAGACUGGGGUCUGCCUGCUAAGAUUGAAAAAGGAGGUUUGAAUGGUGCAGACAGGCAAACUCUGGUCACGGAUGGAAUCGAAUGGCCCAAUGGUAUCACUCUGGACUUUAUGAGUCAAAGACUAUACUGGGUGGAUUCGAAGCUUCACUCACUGUCCAGUAUCGAUGUUACCGGAGACAACCGACAUACUGUUUUAGUGGACGAAGAGCACUUGGCUCAUCCUUUCUCCCUUACGAUCUUUGAAGACCUUGUUUUCUGGACAGACAAUGAGAAACUAGCAAUAUUCAGUGCCAACAGACUCACAGGAGAGAACAUUGUUAAAGUUGCUGAAGAUCUUCAAUCUCCAGAUGAUAUUGUCUUGUACCAUAACCUGAGACAGCCAAAAGCUCAAAACUGGUGUGAAAUCUACCAUCUUGAAAAUGGUGGCUGUGAGCAUUUGUGCCUACCAGCCCCUCAAAUCAGUGCCCGCUCCCCAAAAUUCACAUGUGCCUGUCCUGAUCACUUGCAACUUGGGCCCGACAUGAGAAGUUGUGUGACAGCAUCUAGUACUACAGAAGUAUCGCAAUCUACAUCACCACCUAUUACCACCACCGCAAUGAGGAGUACUACCCUUGCAAAGAUUACAAAUAGGCUCCCAAAAACUGAACCACAGCCAAAACUUGCAACAGCUUCAACCGCUACCACAAUCUCCACCACCACAGCUGCUGCUAGAACCACAGCGAAAUCCUUGGACUUCACUACACAGGCGUUUCAAACACAAGAAAACAAAGAUCGGGAUGUGCUUGUUGCGGAUACUACAAAUUCCCACUCUGGUCCCACGGCUCUCUAUAUUGUGCUACCAAUUGUGCUGCUUUGUUUAAUAUCUUUUGGUGGCUACCUCUUGUGGAAAAACUGGAGACUGAAAAACACCAACAGCAUCAACUUUGACAAUCCUGUGUAUCAGAAAACUACAGAAGAAGAUGAGAUCCACAUAGGACGAAGCCAAGGCGGAUACAGCUACCCAUCGAGGCAGAUGGUGAGAUUAGAAGAUGAUAUCGCUUGAAGAACUGUUACCCAUUUUGUGCCUAUCGCCAAACUCUGCUGCUCAGUUCUAGAUCGGGGGCAAUGACUACAAUGAAUAUAGAAAAUCAAAUUCUACAUACAUGUCCGUCCACACCAACGUGCCGUGUCUUCGCAGUUCUAUUUAAAUAGCUUUGUUUUUGUUUUUUCUUCCCUCUCACCGUAUUUUUCUGUUUUUUUUUCUUUCUUUCUACUGAACUAGUUGCCCCGUCUCAUUGAUAUUUUACAGACUUUGCUUUUAUGUUUUUUUUUUCUUCUUUAUUCUAAUUUAUGGAUUUAAUUUUUGAAGUUGUGCCAUAUUAUUAUUUUCCGCUCUCCUCUGCACAAUUGUGAGAAUGAAUCCAUGAAGGACACACAACAGAUCUUGCAAAGGACUCUGAGAGUGAACAAAUGUUGGAAAACUAUAAUAUUGCAAAGCACUGCGGGACCAUGAAGAACUUGAGAAAACAAUCCUUCUGGGGGGGGUUGGUUUUAUGUUUUUGCAACUAUGUUAGUGUUGUCUGUUUUUUGUUUUGGGGGGGAGGGGUUGAGUUAAAAGCACAAAGUACUUAAACACUAAAAAGCUAAACAUUCAAACUGGAUGGUGACUAUCAGCUACGUGUGCAGAACAUGUUGAACUGUGGAUAUCGACAUCUCAGGGUCGUGAUUAAUCUCUGGGAGUAUGCUCAGGAUCGGAGUUACAGCCAUUGUAAGAAGUUUAUUCUUCCUGACAAUAUGUAGCAAGCCACAAAUGGCCAUCAAAGACCAACAAGUGCCUCUUCUGCAACUGUUGUUUUACCUCCAAUUUGCCAACACCCGCCCUCUGUCUGCACUUUUGUUUAAUUGGUUAUGUAUAGAUUGGUUUGACUGUGUGUAUGAUGGGCUGUGGAAUUUUUUUCUUCUUCUCAUCAGCCUGUAUAUUUUAGCAGGAUAUGAUGGUGCAAACCGGCAUUUGGAAUAUAUAAAAAUUUGUGAGUUUUCUUCUGAAUUGCACUCUUUCAACCGCUGCUGUUACAAUACCAUUUCCAUGUUUGCAAGCCAACGAAUACAGGAAUUGGUUGUUGAAGUUCAACUGCAGUUGGUGAAUCUGCUAGCUUCUUGCUUUCUACUAUCAGACGGUCAAUGUGCAAUCAGUUUUUAUCAGGAAUGCAAAAAUGAUGCUGUAAUCCAAAGAACCGCAAACAAAUGGUUAACCCCGUGAUUUCCAGUGCGUUUCUUGCAAAACUUUUAGUGCUUAGUAGUUUAAACGCACCCAUGGGUAGACUACUGCUGCCUUAAUAUGGAAGUGGUGCUAAUUUAAUAUCCUGUUUUUACAUGCCGUAUCUUUCGAUUGUACUUGGUUGCAUGUGAGAUUUCUUUUAACCUGUGGAAAGCCUUACAUUACAUCUUCUAUCCUGGCUGCAUAGAAAGCAUCUGUAAUUUACUGCAGUAUUGGAAUCAAAAUGCUCUGCCUGAACCUGUGAAAAGAUUGCUAUUUUAUGUGAAGGGUGUAUAUAUAUUUGUAUCUGUACAGUUAUACUUGCACAUGUUUAUAUUUUUUUGCUGUAUGUACUUUUAUGUUCAUUUUGGGAAAGUUUAAUAUAUAAUUUAUUUAUUUCAGAAUA